UGUCUGAAGGCGAUCGUCCUCUUCACGACAGAUGCGUGUGGUCUGUCUGACGUGCCGCACAUAGAGAGCUUACAAGAAAAAUCACAAUGCGCGCUAGAAGAAUACUGCAGAAGUCAAUAUCCCAACCAACCGACGAGGUUCGGGAAACUCCUACUCCGACUGCCUUCAUUAAGGACCGUCAGCUCACAAGUUAUUGAACAACUGUUCUUUGUACGUCUUGUUGGAAAAACUCCCAUAGAAACAUUGAUAAGGGACAUGUUAUUAUCAGGGAGUUCGUUCUCAUGGCCGUAUAUGGCAACCAUGUGACAUUCGAUGUGGCGACAGCUCGCGGCGGCCUGAUCCUCGCCGUACGGCUUCCCGCCGUACUUACCUCAGUUCCACCUUCAGAGGUACCAGAGUGAGGGACAAGAGGACGCGGUGACGUCAUCCAGCGAGUUACACGAACAGUCUGGUUACAGGAGAGAGAAGACCGAUUAUAAUUUCGAUCAGUUCUCAAAGACAUCUGACGUGUUCGAAGCGAGUUCGGAGUCGAAAAAUAAGUCGUUGAUCGACAACCUUUUGAAUUUAAGACAAGAAUCUUGUUCAUUGUCGGACAUUAAGUGAACAGUGGGUCAGUAGAGUUGAUUAGUUCAUUUUGUUCCUUUGUAAAAAACGAUAAUUUAGGUUAGUUGUAAUAUUUAAAGAUGUAAAUAAAAUGUUUUUAUUAUUGUAAAUGUAUUGAAUGUAAUAUAAUAUAUGGUACGAGAGACGUGUUUCUAUAGAUUAGUUUCGACGAUGUUUCCUUGAUCGGAAUUGAGUUAGGUUUCGAAACUUUUUAUACGCAAUACUUUUUAGUGGUUGUUUUUAGAAUGUAUUGAGGAGCAGUUGAGAGCAAUGAAAGUCGGUCGUGCAAUCUUGGUGUUUAGUUAUCUAUUAUAAUUUAGGGAUAAUACAUUUUGGAGGUCUUUAAAAACCUUUUUUUUUAUUUGAUGAUAAAGUUGGAAAUACACUCAGUACGAAUUUAAAUUCAAUCAAUAUAAUAAAACAAUUAAAAGAAAAAACAAAAUAAAUUAAACUCACUGAAUGUGUUUCAAGCUAUAAUUAAAAUUGUCAAAUCGUUAAAACCUUUCUUAUACUGGUGCUCUGUAUUUUUUUAUUUAAUCUGUACAAAUUAAUUCCUUUAAAGCAUUUAGUUUUUU